CGGCGCUGAGCCGCUGCCCUUUCCCGGCGCGGCCGCCCGAGGCCGGCGAAGCCAUGGGCGCCGCGACCCCGCCGCCGCCGCCGCCGCCCGGCCCCAGGAAGAGAAGUUAAAACUUCGAGAGAGACCUAAUGGACAAUCUCCACAACAGGAUACAAUUGUAGGACAUGUGAGAUGAGCAUGACCCAACCAAGUCUUCACACUGAAAGAUUUACAGUAUGAGGAACUGAAACAAGAUGGCGGAACGUUGCCUUUGUGUGAGAUUAGCUAGAAACACACACAUCAGAUGACUCAAAUUUUUUGCCACUCGGCCCACUGCCACUGUGGCUGCAGAAGCACACCCGGGACCCAGGAGUUGCCUCAGUGAGGGAAGGAAUGCCACCGCCGGGGAGGGAACCCCGGGCCUUGCGAGAAGGCAGGGCCUCUGCCCAGGAGGAGAGGCCCGGAGCAUGGCCCUCAGACGGUAACAAAAAAUAAUCCAGAUGGGGUGCAGAUGCUGUAAAAUGAUACAAAGCUAUCUCUUUGAUCCGGUGCAAGUGGCCUCCCCCGGCUACGUCAACGAGGUGAACAGCUGCAAGGUGGACGAAGGGCGCUCUGGCCAGGCGCAAGGCAAGCAGAGCGGCGAGGCGCUGGUGCACAAGGAGGAGCUGCGGCGCGAGGCCCCGCGGGGGGCGGGCAGCGCCCUCAACGGCGUGGGCCCCGCCUCGGCCCCGCAGCGGGGCCCCCGGAAACAGGGCGGCGACGCGGACCCCAGGCCCGGGGAGGGGCCUGCGGCGGAGGGGCCUGCGGCGGAGGAGCCCGCGCCCGCGCCGCGGCUGCCGCCCCCGGACUACCCGGCCCCGCAGGGCUGCGCGGUGCGCCCCGGGGGCGCGGGGCGGGGGCACCCACCGGCCGGGGGGCGCGGCCUCCGCACGCCCGAGCCCCCCCGGACCAGCUGGGACGCGUCAAACGAGCCCGUGGCCACGGACGUCCUCAGGCUCUACCUGCAGGAUGCGGGUGCCGCUGCGGGUGCCGCCGCGGGUGCUGAUGCGGGUGCCGCUGCGGGUGCUGAUGCGGGUGCCGCCGCGGGUGCCGCCCCGGGUGCCGCUGCGGGUGCCGCCGCGGGUGCCGCCCCGGGUGCCGCUGCGGCCGCGGGGUCCAGAGGCGGCUGGGAGGACGCGCCCGAGGACGCGGCGGUGGCCGAGGCGCUGGCGGCCCUCGAGGCGGCCACGGCGGGAGAGGACGUGGACGAGGCCGACUAGGGCCCCCGCCACCCCGGGGGGCUCCUCGCGCGCCCGUGGCACGGGCCCAGGGCGCAGGCAGCGGCUGCCCAGCCGGCCCGCUCCCCGCACACCUGCCCCAGAGGCUCAAAUGCCCUGAAAUCCCAGCGCCCAACCCCAGGGGUGCAGAACCACGGAGCGCCCUGGGUGCGCAUCCCUCGUCUUGCUUUUCGGGGCCCGCCGGUGGUGUACCCGGGCCCCCGCUGGAAGUGCCUAGUGCGCGUCCCGGGGCGUGGCUCACCUGCAGGCACAGUCGCGCAGGGAACCGACAACUAACCACUCGGCCGGCGUCGAGUUAAGCUCAGCAGCUCUCAGGAUGGGGCAGGAGCCCGCGGUAGACAAAUGGUCAGUCGUUAGCCGCGACGCUAAGACACCUCGACCUUGACUUUUUUUACGCCAUCAUCACUGUGUAAUCCCCUUUGGGACUGGGGAGCCGGUCAAAAUGAUCCUUACAACGGCCGGCAUUGUAUCGGAGUCUUAUGCUCAUGAGGUUGGGAAGAGCCAAGAGAUGGAUGUUUUAUGCCACUUACUGUCUGAUUCUCAUUAAAGCAUGACAACACA